AUGCCAGGUGAAGAAAAAAAGUUUCGAAACAUGACCACAAAACUUAUUCAAUUUGAUAACAACAUCCAAAACAUUAAAAAGGCAAUUGAAGAAGUGAAGAAUGCUGAAUUAGAUGACGGGGAAUGCAUGGAAGAUGUACUGCAUGCCAAGCUGGCAGUGAUGAAAUCCAAUGAACCAAAUUUUCAACAACAUGAGAAACUGCAACAACUGAAUGAGCGAAUAUUCCGGGCUCUUCAUCCUGGUAUAACAAUUACUCAUAUAUUAAAACUUUUGUCCCCAAAAAUGACCAUGCUGGGGACUUGUGAAGAUGAUGAUAUCGAAAUGACCCAGGAGAUCAACACCAAGUGUCCAUACACAGGCAUGGACAUGGUCCACCCAGUACGCAACAAACUGUGCGGUCACAACUAUGAGCGAGAGGGGAUCAUGCAGUAUAUCAAGCAGCGAAUGAAUAAGGCCAAGUGCCCUUUAAGUGGAUGUGGAAACGAGAAACCCGUUGAAGAAUCGGACCUGGUUGAGAAUAAAGAACUGAAAAGAUAUAUAGAGAAAAACAAGAAAUCAAAAUGA